AUGGUGUCGAUCCGUGUCAAGUCGGCCAUUGCCGUCGCCUCGGCCCUGACGCCAGGCUCCAUCGCCCAGCUGUUCACCGUAAACUGCGCGCCGCUGACCUUCUACCGCGGCGAUCCCAUCAUCUUCCCCGGCGUCAUCUCCCCCCAUGUGCACGCCAUUGUUGGCGGCACGCGGUUUGCCCUCAACCUGACCAACGAGCAGGCCAGCCAGGCCAGGGCCACGACGUGCGACAAGCAUCUCGACAAGAGCAACUACUGGCAGCCUCAGCUGUACCAUCAGCGCCGGGAUGGCAAGUUUGAACUCGUCGAGAUGCAGGGCACUAUGGCCUUCCCGGCGGUUGGCGACUACAACACCGGCGUGUGCCCCCAAUCCCACCCCGUUGCCAUCCUCUCCGUGUUUUUCGAAUUCUUCUACAACACUGGCGCCGUAAAAGACUUCAACCGUUGGGUCUGGGCCAUGGGCGAUCCCACCGGGUACGGCCUGCACGGCGAUUACCUCAACGGCUGGGCGGACCAGGCCAAGCUUGACCGUGCCAUCGAGACUUGUACUGGUCCCAAUGGCGUCAAUGACGCCGGCUGCAGCUUGAACGUUGGACCCGAUGGCCCCGGGCGUUCGAGCCGUCAACCAGUCGAGGUCCCGCCUCCCAACGAGGAGAUUGGAUUCAAAGGCCCUCUCGACAAGCUGCCUGGCGACAACCCAGUUACUGGACACCCGGUCCAGGGAUAG